AUGCCGCCGCUAUCGCAUCGCCUCUUUGGCAGCGCAAGCCGCUGUACACGCGCUCUCUCACGACCCGUUGCAUCCACACAACAAGCGUUUCGCCAUCAUCAAUCUCCGCUACGCGCAGCAGCAGCAUGGACACCUCUUCCCCGUCCAUCAUCACGAGCCGCUCAUUCACUCUCAUCUCUAGACCAGCCAUCUACAUCUCGCGAGGCCAACGAACGCCUCUACAACCUCGCCCUCUCCCUCUCGCACACACAGGCCAACUCAUCGCGCCAAGUACAAUGCAUCUUCUACGACGAGGCGGGCACGUGCACAUCCACGCAGAUGCUCACCAAAGACGCCAUCGCCGAAAUGUUUAGCCUCACCACGCGGGACCUGCGCACCAUAGACCUCCCCUCCGCUGGCUUCCCGCACAUUUUGAUCCGCGAGCACUCCAUCCUCGUGCACAUCUUUGACCUGCGCCUCAUUAUCCAGGCACACAAGACGGUCCUGUUUGAUGUGGACGAAGAAGUUGGCCGUGAGCAUGACGACAACACAUCGCGCAUCUUUAGCCACAAUCUCGGCGCAAAGCUACUCAACGUCAGCAAAGAGGGCACGCCGUAUGAGCUGCGCGUCUUGGAGAUUGCCCUGACGGCCGUCACGUCCACGCUAGAGGCGCAAUACCUUGUGGGCAAGACGCAGAUUAAAGAGAUGCUCGCGAUGCUCAACGAAGACAGCAUUAUCCAGUUUGAGCUGCGCACGCUACUGGAACAUGUUCGUAGAUUAGCGGCGAUUGAGCAGCGCGCGCGCCACGUCCGGGAUACAGUGCAGGCUGCCCUCAACGAUGAUGCAGACAUGGCAGCCAUGUAUCUUACCGACAAGCAAGCCGGCAAGCCGCAUGCUGAAGAGGACCACCAGUCUGUAGAGUACAUGCUCGAAGCGACGCAAAAGGCGAGUGAUGCAGUUGUGCAGCAGACAAGUGGGCUCCUCAGUGAUGUGAAGCGCACCGAGGAGACGAUCCAGUCGAUUCUGAAUGUACGGCGCAACGAGAUUCUGGUCCUGGAGGCGCAGAUUGAAAUCUUCAUGGUUGGGCUUGCGUCGGCGACAUUAGUGGCGGGCCUGUAUGGCAUGAACGUGGUGAAUUACUUUGAGGAGAGCUUCUACGCAUUUGGCGCCGUAUCGGCGCUGUGUGUGAUGGGCACGCUGAUCAUUUGGAGGAUUGGGCUGCGCAGGUUGCGCCGGAUAUCUAGGUUCAAGGCAAGACGGAGAUGA